AUGUACAAAGAAGACCUUCCAUCUCCAGAAUGUUUCACCACUGAGAUAGAAACAUGGAAAGUAAAGUGGCAGGAGCAUUCUACAAACUAUGGAAAUGCCAGUCUUCCAGACAGCCCUAGGGGUACACUUCCUCAGACAAGUGAAAUGUAUCCCAGCAUCAAAGUUCUUUUGACCAUAUUGGCAACACUACCUGUCACGACCUGUUCAGCAGAACGAUCAUUUAGUAGCCUAAAGAGGACAAAAACAUCAAUUCGCUCCUCAAUGACAACUACUAGGCUCACUGACAAACCUGACCGUCUUCUCCACGUUUUUAGGGAUAUUGAAGUGGAUCUCCCAUCUGCUAUAGAUGAGUUUGCCUGUAGGCAUCCCAGAAGGCUGCAGAUGUCUGAUGUUUUGAGCGACUAG